GACCUGACAUGACCUGACACAGGCUCUUGCCGCGGGGCUCUAGAAAUAUAGGAAGAAUUACCACAAAAGAAGAACUGAAAUGGCAGCGCCCUUUACGAAUCCGUCGCAGUUGUUGCCUUUAGAAUUGGUAGACAAAUGUAUAGGAUCUCGGAUACACAUCAUUAUGAAAAAUGACAAGGAAAUUGUUGGAAUUCUGCUUGGUUUUGACGACUAUGUCAAUAUGGUGUUGGAAGAUGUCACGGAAUAUGAAAGCACACCGGAGGGAAGGCGGGUUACCAAACUGGAUAAACUGCUGCUGAAUGGAAACAACAUUACGAUGCUGGUACCUGGUGGGGAAGGGCCCGAGGAUAAAUAACUUUAUCAUCCUUACAUCAUCAUGUUGGCUUUUUUUGUCAUGUUUCAUUUGUAUAAUAAACAUUUGUAAAAGAG